CCGUUCGCAACACCCCGUGUUCCGCUCGCGAUGGCCCAUAUAUAACAAGGACGGUUUCCACCGGCCUCGCGGAACCGACUCGUUUUUGGGUUGAUCUGUGUAUAGAAUGGCUCGCGUUUGGUCGCUGCAGGAGGUCGCAAAGCACAACGAUACCAGCUCUUGCUGGGUCAUCAUAAGCAACAAGGUCUAUGAUGUGACUGAGUUCCUGCCAGAGCACCCGGGAGGGUCGAAGAUCAUACUCAAGUAUGCUGGUCGCGACGCAACGAAAGCAUAUGAACCCAUUCAUCCGAGGGAUGCGUUAGACAAGUACUUGCCUCGAGAGAAACACUUGGGUCCUCUUGAUAGUGGCGAUGCUAAGCAGCUGCAAGAAGAAUCAGCGGCCCAACCUAAGACGCAAGAUGAAAUACGCGUGGAGAAGGCUCGUGCGAGGAAGAGGCCAAUUAACCAAAUAUUGAGUCUUCAAGAUAUCGAGGACGUUGCCCACGAAGUGUUGUCUUACAAGACCUGGGCGUUCUAUCGCUCCGCCGGUGACGACGAAAUCACAUAUAACGAGAAUAGACGAGCAUUCUCUCGUUUCUUUUUCCACCCUCGCAUCCUCCGCCCGAUCUCAAACAUCGAUACUUCAACAACCAUCCUCGGUUUCAACAGUUCGCUCCCAAUCUUCGUCAGCGCAGCCUCACUGGGUAAGCUGGGGCACCCUCUUGGUGAAGCCAACAUCACGCGCGGGUGUGGCCGCAUGGGCAUCAUCCAGAUGGUGUCCCACUACGCCUCCGUCUCCCGUCCAGAGCUCAUGGCUGCCCGCGUCAGUGCCUCUCAACCCAUGUUCUUCCAGCUCUACCCCGACCGCGACAAGAGCAUAUCAGAGAAGGCGGUCCGCGAGGCGGAAGACCUGGGCUUCAACGCCAUCUUCAUGACCGUCGACGGGCCUGUCAACGGAAACCGCGAACGCGACCUGAGGGCGCCGUUCGAGCUGGAAGUACAGGAGCGCUUGGUGGAGGAGGCGAAGAAGGCAUCUGGCAAACCCGGCGAGUCGGGCGAGAUGCCUGAGAGACCUGAGGAUGCGGAUAAUAAGCUUGUUGAGGGCGAGCUGGUACUGGUCGGCACGUCGGGUGGAUUGAGGACGACUGCCGAGCUUGACAUGUCGUGGACUGAGACUGUUCCUUGGCUACAAAGGACGACAAAGCUUCCCAUCGUCCUCAAAGGGAUUCAGUGCGUCGAAGACGCUGUGAGGGCCGCCGAGUCUGGCGUACACGGUAUUCUGCUCUCGAACCACGGCGGGCGGCAACUGGAAUACUCGCUGCCGCCGCUGGAAGUAUUGUAUAGGUUGCGUAAACAACGACCAGAUGUGUUCGACAAGUUGGAGGUCUACAUAGACGGAGGCGUACACCGUGGUACGGACGUCUUGAAAGCCCUGUGUCUCGGCGCACGAGCAGUCGGCCUGGGCAGGGCAUUCCACUUUGCCAUGAGUGCAUACGGCGAAGCCGGAGUCAUUCAGACGAUACGAAUUCUGCAACGGGAGAUUGUUUUGGGGAUGCGCCUACUCGGCGUCACGAGCUUGCAGGAGCUCACCCCAGACUUAGUUGAACGAGUGGACUGGCAGCCUUUGCUGGCCAAGAUGUGAUCCAAUGGCUCACUCGGGACAGGUCAGAAAUGGCUACUACACUCAUUGUAUACUCAGACUACACUUAAACUUCUCGGCCACAUACAUACAUGUACCUAGAUGAGAGAUCUAUCGUGACGGCUGUAUUGCACCGAUUUGAUUGGACCCCUGUUAAAAGCUUUCUA